AUGCAGGGGGAGAGUCAGCCUGCUUAUCAGGGACAGCCAGGUGGAAGCAGGGUGUUACGUGUGGAUCUGGGACCAGCUGUAUUGAUCCCACCCCUGACAGCUCAUGCAGAGGUGGAGGGGGGACGUGGAGACAUUCAGCCGCCUCUCUCCCGGCCUGUGGACCACACAGCAGAUCGGCUGAUACGGUACAUCCUGCAGGCAGACGGUUUACAUCAAGUUAAAGCUGUGAUCACAACAGUACAUCUAACAUCUCUAUCAAAGAUGGGAGAGAGGUUGCACAGUCAAAGAAGCUAUGUUUGCUCUUUUUUUGAUUGUAAAUCGACAUUUACUAAAUCUUGGAAGCUAGAGGCUCAUCUGUGCAAACACACAGGAUUGAAACCAUUUUCCUGUGAGAAAUGUGAAAAAAGCUAUUGCACUCGCUAUCAGCUCAGCAGACAUGACCUGAGUCAUAGUGGGGAGAAGCCACACAAGUGUCAGGUGACUGGAUGCUCCGAGGCCUUUGUCACAAAUGCCAGCUUGAAGAACCACGUGGCUCGAGUCCACGACCACCAGAAAAAUCAAUAUGAAUGUGACCAUCAGGGCUGUGGAAAGAAGUUUAACAAAAGGUGCCAACUGAAAGCCCACAAGUGCGAGCACCAACAGGGCUUGCCUUUUCACUGCUCUUUCAAUGGAUGUACCAGAGAGUUUCCCAGUAAUGGAAAACUGAAGCAUCAUGAGAAAGUGCAUAAAGGCUACCCUUGUGACACUGAAUUGUGUUCCUUCCAGGGGAAAACAUGGACGGAAUAUGUAAAACACAGACGAGAACACAAAGCCAAGGUGCCGUGUGGCGACUGUGAAAAGCUCUUCAGCAACGCAUGGUUCCUGCACCUGCACGAGCUGCGAGCCCACUCUGGGGACAAGAGGUCGUUUUCGUGCCCCAGAGAAAGCUGCAAUAAGAAGUUCACUUGUCGUUUCAACUUGGAGAAUCAUGUACUGGCUGACCAUGAGGGGAAGAAACCCUUCAGCUGUGCCUAUGCGGGCUGUGGGAAGAGCUUCGCCAUGAAGGAAAGCCUGUGGCGACAUGGAGUGGUGCAUGACCCAUCAAAGAGGAAGUUGAAGAAACGACAUCCUAAAAACAACCAGCCCUGGAGGGUGGCGCAGCAGAGCAAGGCGACAGCAGCCAGCCAGGAGGAGACAAACAAGCUCGCUGCAAAGCUGGGCAAGACGGCUUUACAGGAUGACAGGUCCUAAGGUUGUACCAGUGGGCUUGGAUGUGUUUAAGAGAAAAGUUUUCUGUUAUACUUUGUUUAAAAGUGUGAAUAAACCACAUUAAGUAAAGCA